UGCUACGAAGACCGCAACAGAAUCGGUGGAAUCUGAAUCAACAGAUGUGCCCUUGGUGGCAGACCGUUGGACCAACAACAUAAACUACCGACAACUGGUCGUCUCGUCGUGCGUGGGCAUUAUCCAGCUUUGGUGGCACCCGUACUUGUUCGAUCUUCGGAAACUCAUGCCUUUCAUCUUCCUGUACAAUGUGUUUAGCUUCGUGAUUGGUUACCCGAUGUUUUAUUUGGAGCUUGGGAUUGGAGUGGUGACGAAGAAGGGGGUUAUGAGUUCUUGGGACUUAUCGCCUAUUGCUAGAGGUGUGGGUUGCACGAUGCUGCUGACAUGCGCGGCAACAGCGCUAGCCCUCGGCGCAGUCAGCGCGUGGUGCUUAGCGCAGCUGGUGCACUCGGCGCACUCGUUCCUACCGUGGCUGCAUUGCGCUGCGGCUGCGGUGCCGGCGUGCGCGGCGCGGCAUCGCUCGCUCACCGCCGGCAGUGAGACCCCGGCGCACUCUUUCUUCUUUAACUUCGUGUUGAAACUGAGGCGUGAUGGACUAAAGUGCGGGCUGGGAAACAUUGUGUGGGAGCUCACCAUCUACUACACCAUCUGCUGGGUACUCAUCUACUUGAUCGCUGUCAAAAGAGUUUAUAGCUAUUCUAAGUUGGUAUUAUUCAAAGACACAAUGGCGUUUUUUGUGCUGAUUUGCUCCGCGAUAGGCUGCUUUAACCUCGAGGGGGCCGGCAACAUGUUCCACUACUGUGAUUGGGGAGUACUAUUUGAAGGAACACAGAUUUGGAGAGAAGCGAUAGAGUACUCCCUCAUCGAAAUGACAGUCGGACAGGGCACACUAGUAAUGCUAGGGUCAUACUGCCCUCAACAACAGCAUAAGCUUUCUACGACCGUGCUGCUGACUUUCCUGGCCGGUAAGAUAGGCUGUAUGACCAGCGCCCUAGUAUUGGGAGCUACGCAUGGAGCCUUGAUGAAGGAUUAUGAAUCUAAUAGCACUCAUUUGUGGAAUGGCCCGUCAACACCAAUGAUUCUGUGGGCAGACUUCGCGGCCCGCAUCCCCGGCAGCCAAUUCUGGUCGGCCGUCAUUUUCUUCACGCUAUUCGUUCUUUCCCUCGCAUUCGUGGCUUUGUCAGUGCAGACGAUAAUGUCGUCCUUCACGGGCCACUCCAUCCGCAAGAUCACGUGGGCUUUGCUCAUCGCCAUCUGUAUAUUGUUCUGUUUCAUUGGAGCCAUGACUUUGUGCACGCAGGGUGGCCUUCACGUGGUAACCUUCCUAAUGGACUGGCCAGUGAUGCGUACGCGCACAGCCAUAGCGGGCAUAGUGGCAGCGUCCGUGAGCUACGCGUACGGCCAGACGAUGUUCUGUGAGGACAUGUUCUUCGCGACCGGCGAGUACCCGGGCGUGUUUGUCAGGGUCUGCUGGGCUGUUGCACCGUUUAUACUCAUGGUGGCUUUUCUAUCGGGUAUGGUCGAGCAAGUUCAGUACGCCGCAGCGGGUUGGUCGCUGGUCACUUUCAUGUUGACGCCCAUCGCUUUCGUCGCCAUCAUUUAUCUAAUAUUCAAGUUCAGAGUUAGGGUAAGCAGUAUUUAUACUAUUUAUUGA